UAAAGAGGUUCAGUAAGCCCUUCAUACAACGAACUCUGGAGCUAUACACACUGGGAUAUUUAUUUGGUUAAAGCUAUGGUAGCACCACCACUAAUCCAGAGUUUGCCCAAGGUUUCCGUUUUUGUGUCAUUGACAGCUUGGUCCUGUCAAUGUCAUAAAUAAAUGUUAACAGCUGAUCUGGAUUAGAACUACACAAAGGUUAAUGGUUUUCCAUGGUUUCUUUUAAUUGUUUAGAAUUCAAACAUUUAAUAAAAAGUAAGCAUAAAAUAAAAAAAAACAACUAUUUUCGUCACACCUAAUAUUUGCGUACCCCGUUGUAUCUAAUGAUUUCAUAACCUUAUCUCUAUGGUAUAAAAUGUCUGGAGACGAUAAUAAGAGCAAUAUGUCUUCAAAAGAGGAGGGAACAAGUAGUAAUGUUAAGGGCAACUUAAAAAAAUCAAAUAACCCUAAGGAAGAGGCUUGGGGUUAUGAUUUAUACCCAGAGCGCCGGGGGACGUUCAAACCAUCUUUAGGCAAUGUUGUCUUGGGCAAGGAGGGUAGGGAAAAUAUGGAUAAAUUGAAGUGUGAGAAAAAUGUGUAUGACUGUGUAAAGAAUAGUGCAAUAGUGAAGAUGAUGAUGGCAGCUUUAAAAAGCUCUGGUUGUCCUAUUGAUAUCCGAAGACAUAUUUCAUGCGAAGUUUGUGACUACUCUGUUAGUGGUGGAUAUGACCCAGAAUUAAAUCAAAUAGUAGUCUGCCAAAAUGUGUCAACGAGAAAAGGCAUGGUGCAGGGCGUGUUGGCUCAUGAAAUGAUCCAUAUGUUCGACUAUUGCCGGAAUGAACUGAACUUUAAGAACAUGGAACACUUGGCUUGCACGGAGAUCAGGGCCGCGAACUUGACACAUUGCUCGUUUACAAGCGCGUGGUCGCAGGGUGACGCGUCGUGGACCAAGAUUAAACAAGCUCACCAGGAUUGUGUGAAAACUAAAGCGCUGUAUUCUGUGCUGGCCGUGAGGCAAAUUGGCAAGGCGGAGGCGGUCGACAUUAUUGAGAAAGUUUUUCCGAAGUGUUAUGCCGACUUGGAACCUAUUGGGAGGCGAAUAAGAAGAAAUUCGGAGGAUAUGGAGAGGGCAUUCAAAGAAGCAGCCUAUUAUGGGUAUGAAUAGAUUCAUACCUUAAUAUGAUAUUACAUUAUUUUGUGUGUAUAAAAAUUGAAAAUAUAUGUAGGCAUAUUUGUUCAGGUAGGUCAUUUAAUCUUAUUAAGAAACAACAUUUUUGGUAUCUUUUUUUGUAUUUAUUAGAAAUGAAUAUUAAGUAUGUGAUUAUUCAUAGUAAUUUAAUUAUUCUUUGCUAAUAACGCGCAUGGUACAAUCCUUUUUAUAUAAAAUAAAAUAUUUUUUAACAGUCAAUUAGUUGUAGAGGUUAACAUCAUCUCCUGAACAAAUUUUCAUAUAUCUUUUCAAUGUAGGAAAAGAAACGAAUUGUCGUAGCAUUUUGUAGAUACUGUACAUACUUACAUAAAGUAGUAA